CCACAGACGAUUUGUGGGUUUGCCUUUGUAUUUGUGCGUGCGCGUGAGAGAGAGAGAGAGAGAGAGAGAGAGAGAGAGAGAGAGAGAGAGCAAUUAUUCCUGAGCAAAAGGGAAGACAGAAAGUUUAAGUAUAGAUGGCAUAUUUAGGAUUGGUGGUUGGUUGUGGCUCUGUGGGGGCCUGGGGGCUUUAAAGAAGAGAGUAAUUGAGGAAGUGAACUGUGUAUUCUGUGAGGGAACAUAGCAUAAAUCCCGAGAGACUGACCAACAGAGGAGAAGAAACAGGGGUACCUUACUAUUAAGUGUAGCGUACAAAAGCAGGAUCUUUUGGAUUCCUGGAGUUUCUCUGAGCGAACCCAACAUUAAAUAUAUCAGAUCUCUUCAAAGUUAUCGGUUUUUGUUUCCUUCCUUUCUUAUUUCCGUAAUCUUUUAUAUAUUGUUGAUUUAUAAGAUCUGCAAAAUCGUAGUAGCAGUAGCUAAGUUUGGUCAGAGCAAGGCAGUCUAGGAGGAGAGGGGUGAGAAGACUGAGGAGUCAGACAUGGAUGCGGAUCAGAUGCAGAGACGGUUUGUUGAUUACAUAGCAUCCUUGUUUCGUGAGGGAUUUCUGGAUGAUCAAUUCACUCAGCUUCAGCAACUGCAAGAUGAAAGCAACCCUGAUUUCGUUGUUGAAGUUGUCUCUCUCUUCUUUGAAGAUUCUGAGAGGCUUCUCAACGAUUUGGGCAGAGCUCUUGAUCAGCAGAUUGUAGAUUUCAAGAAAGUGGAUGCCCAUGUUCACCAGCUGAAGGGUAGCAGCUCCAGCAUAGGUGCACAGAGGGUUAAAAAUGCCUGCAUUUCGUUUCGCAACUUUUGUGAGAUUCAGAACACUGAAGGGUGUCUCAGAUGUCUGCAACAGGUGAAACAGGAGUACUUCCUUGUGAAGAACAAGCUUGAAUCUUUAUUCAGGCUGGAGCAACAGAUCCUUGCAGCUGGUGGGUCAAUUCCAAUGAUGGAAUAAGUGAUAAUGUAACGUUAAUGGUUUGUCUUCUUAACCAGGGAACAAAAGAGUGAAGAAAAAUGGAAUGGAGUGUGAGUGGUGGUGGUGGUGAUGUAGAGAAGCUUUUAUGAGCUUUUGUUUUUAUUGUUGACAAUGUGAGCUAUUUCCCUUCACUUAUGAAAGGUUCUCUUUUAAUUGA